AUGGCGGCAGUCAAGAAACCGUGGCGGGAAGCUGCCACUGUGAUUAUUGCUGCUCGAAGUUCAGAUGUAUCAAACUAUCAACGUGUUUCAAGCAGUGAUUUUCAUUCUGAUCAGGAUGGCUUUAAAAUUCUUAUGUUGAAAAGACACUCGAAGAGCAGUUCUUUUCCUGAUGCAUAUGUAUUUCCUGGUGGUACAAUAGAUAAGAGCGAUUUCAGCGAUGAAUGGAUGGAAUUGUACGACAAUGCGGGAUUGACACCAUCUCUGAAACCUCUGCUAGAUAUCGGUGGCAAGAGACCAGAUAUAAUGUCAACCAUUAGAAGUAGCCGAGUUCCUAAUGAGAUUGCCUUCAGAAUAUGUGCAAUACGAGAGGCGUUCGAAGAAUCCGGUCUGCUUAUUGUAAAACCAUCGGGAAUCAGCAAAAAUGAACACGGCCUUGCAAAAUGGUCCAAAAUUACGCAGUGUGUGAAAAAGAUUGGUCGUAGAAAACUUUUACAAUGCCGGCAACGAGUUCACGACAAUGGCGCAGAGUUUUUUGACCUUUGCAAAGAACUGGCAUGUGUCCCAAACGUGUGGGCGCUGUGUGAAUGGAAUAUAUGGCUGACACCUGUAGGUUUACCGAAAAGAUAUGACACAAUCUUCUAUAUUUGUUGCCUUGACGACGUCCCUGUACCACAACUUCUUCCCGAUGACCAAGAGAUUGUUAAAUCUACGUGGCUUACACCAAAAGAGACAGUUAACCUAUGGCUAAGUAAAACAAUUAGACUAAUCCCACCACAGAUGUACGAAAUGCUUCGACUUGUCAACUUUCGUAAAUUCACUGGACUUCAUCAAUUCACCAAACAAAGAGAAAGGAAAGGGAUUGAAAGAUAUUUUCCUGUUAUGAUCAUAGCAUCAGAUGGCGUAAUUGAAGUAUAUCCAGGUGACAGUUUAUAUCCCAUGGUUCCAGACCCAACGAGACAUUCUAUAGUGGAAGUGGAUGGAACUAUGGAAGAAAACUUGCAUAAGUGCCGCAAUGUUAACAGAAUCCAUCCACUGGAAUCUGGGCCAUAUUGUAAUAUAGAACCGACAUAUGGACAUAUCAGACCUGUAGAUUGGAGAACAUUAAUUGAUGUCAAAGGAAAACUGUGA